AUGCGACAGUGGAGCGUCCCCGUUGCGACCCCACGCUCCGAGCCACUCCCGGGCUGCCUCUCCGUAUCUCCCCCUCCCGCAGAGACCACAAUGGAAUGCUGUGAAGUGGAACCCCGUUACACCAUCGAACAGAUCGACCUCCUGCAGCGCCUCCGUCUCUCCGGCAUGACCAAGCCCCAGAUCAUCCACGCCCUGGAGUCUUUAGAGCGGCUGGACCCGGACACACGCCCCGCCCACUGCGACGCAAACCCCGCCCCCUCCCAAAACAACAACAACAACAACAACAGCAGCGGCCACACCACGUCCUCGUCCUCCUCCGCCUCAUCGCUCUCCCUGGCCUCCGCCACCACCCAAACCUCGGGCCUGGACGGAGCGGCCUUGUCCCCGAGCAACAGUUACGAAGCCUCGCCCCCGCCGCUCUACCCCCCGACGGUGGCGGUGCAGAGGUCGUUCAGUUACGAUAUGUUGGGGGAGGAGGAGUGGGACCUGGAGGAGAAAGUGGAGGAGUAUAUGAGAAGGGACAGCAACCUGGUGAAAGAGGAGAUCAAAGCUUUCCUCAACAACCGCAGAAUCUCUCAGGCAAUAGUCGGACAAGUGACCGGCAUCAGCCAGAGUUACAUCUCUCAGUGGCUUCUGCAGCAGGGCCUGGAGAUGAGCGACUCCAAGCGCAGAGCCUUUUACCGCUGGUACCUGCUGGAGAGGAACAACCCAGGGCUGAGAUGGAGUGAAAACCAGCACAGCGUGAGUCCCACGGCCAGGGGCAGGGGAGGAGACAGCACCCCCCAGCUCCUCCCCAACCCCAACACCACCCUGAACCCCAACGCCACCCCGGUGUGGAGCAGGCAGAGGGAGCUGCUGAUGCACCUGCUGCCCUGGUACACUGCUGCUGCUGCCUCACAGACUCACACAGGGGCCACCUUAUCCAUGCGCUCUAUGGUGAAAGAGGAGCCCGACUGGAGGUCAGGCAUCAUGACUGGGGAGAGGAACGGGAUAGUGGGCGGUCCCCUCAGGCUGCGCAGAGGGAGCAGGUUCACCUGGAGAAAAGAGUGCCAAUCCAUUAUGGAGAGUUUCUUCAUCGAGAAUCAGUACCCAGACGAGGCCAAGCGUGAGGAGAUCGCCAACACCUGUAAUUCCGUCAUCCAAAAACCAGGUUGUAAGCUGUCUGAGUUUGAACGUGUGACUGCACUAAAGGUUUACAACUGGUUCGCCAACCGUCGAAAGGAGAUGAAGAGGAGAGCCAAUAUUGAAGCUGCCAUUUUGGAAAGUCAUGGAAUUGAGGUGCCAAGUCCCAGCUGCCAUUCUAAUGGAGAGGAGGUGGAGAUGCACGAGUUUGCUGAUCAGGUGAACCACCGCUUCGCAGAGCAAAUCAUUCAUGCGGACGGCUCCGUCCAGAGGAUGGGGGACCAACCGGACUCUGCACUCACUGGGACGGAGGCUGCCUCUCUGCCAAGCCCCGCCUCUCAGGCUCAGGAGCAGAAAGAGGACCACCCCAAAAGGGAGACCACGGUGGAGGAUGAGUGA